GGUUCCUUCUGGCUCGGCGCUGUGAAGCGCUCAAGUGUUCGGCGGGUAUUUUGACUUUUCUAGAAAGGGAAGAUAAAUAAAUGAAAAAAACGGCAGGUUUAUUUCAACUUUGACUGGCUCGGGAACGUCGAAGCGGCAUGCCAUGAGCGGGCAGAUGCACUGGAACCAAUUGGAUCUGAACCCGAGGGUCGCAGCCGCCGUCAGGAGAACCCAGUUGAAGUCAGUAGAGGAGAUUUUAUGCAUCUCUGGACCAGACCUGCAGAGACUCACUGGUCUCUCUCGUUUGGACGUCAAGCAGCUGCUCACGACUGCUGCAACCGCAUGCAGACGACACCCCCCAAUGCCGGCGCUCCUACUUCAUCACAGCGGGAUGCUGAGGCUCAGCGUGGGCUGUCCUGUACUUGAUCAGAUGUUGAGGGGGGGUCUUCUUGUAGGGGCUGUCACUGAGCUGGCAGGAAAAAGUGGGACAGGAAAAACUCAGCUGGCUCUGCAGUUGUGUCUGUCUGUUCAGUUCCCGAUUCAGUAUGGAGGACUUCAUUCAGGUGCAGUUUAUAUCUGCACAGAGGACUCGUUUCCUAUCAGGCGCCUGCAGCAGCUGAUCCAGGAACAGUCCAAUCUUCGUUCGGACAUCCCUCCAGAUUUGAUCAACAGCCUCCAUUUCAGUGACAACAUUUACAUCGAGCAUACUGCGGACCUUGACUCUCUUCAAGUUUGCCUGUCCCAACGUGUACCCCUCUUGCUGGCUCGUGGUCUGGUUCGUCUACUGGUCAUAGACUCGGUGGCGGCUUUGUUUAGGUCUGAAUUUCAGGCUUGUGAUUGGUUGGAGAGAAAUAAACGACUGCUCACAUUCUGCUCCACCAUGCAUCGCCUAAGCUGCGAGUUCAACACACCAGUUUUCUGCAUCAACCAGGUAACAGACGUUUUCAGUGGAUCAGAUGAGAAUUUGACUCCUCAAGGAUCUAGUGUAUCCCCUGCCCUCGGCUUGGCCUGGGCCAAUCAGGUUACUGUUCGGCUGAUGAUGCAGCGACUUCAGAGGACAGUUGUCCGUGAUGACCAGAGCAGUGUCCUCCGCAGGCUGGAUGUAGUAUUUGCACCCCACCUUUCUCGAGAUGGACGGGAUGCUGGCAUCUGGAAGGAGGGAGUGCAGGGUGUUUGUACAUGACUGUACACAAACUACACACACACAUAAUGUUUCUUUUUUUAUGAGCCUAUAUGUGUAAUCCAGCUGCUUAAAAUAUUGUUAAAUAAUGGAACUGUUGGUAUUGUAAAGUGACACUUUAUGGUUUAUGUUAGGUUCAUGAUGAAUCAUUUAAACGGGAGGUUUGAAUCAGUAAUUCACUGCAUUUUGUUAAUUCAUGAAAAUAAACUCAGCAUUUUUCCACAUCUA